UUUCAUUAUUUGUUAGAAAAUAAGCGUGGAACUUGCACUCGUAUAACAAGCUUAAAGAACUGAAGUGUGUUUAUUGCGGGACCGAUAAGAAGAAGAUAAGUCAAGUUAAAAACGCGUCAACCUUUGAUAUCGACAAAUAAUUUUUAAUGGAAGGGGAAGAUCCUCAAGGGACCUUGUAGGUCAAAAGGUCAAUUUCAUUCAUGAGGGACACUUCUUAUCUGUUGCUGAAGUUUAUUACGUAUUUUUUUUUACGUUUCCUGGAACAUUUUACAUAACACAAGACCAACCGUGAUACGUUUAUUGCAUCCUGAAACUCGCUCCUAACAGGAAAACUUUUUGUGACUGACUGACUAUUUCCUGACAGGAUAAAAUGUUCGAAAAGAAAGUAGUGUAACAAAAAAUCUGCUGGAAAAUAAAAUAAAAAAUUUACACAAUGAACGAAACAACAUCAAAUUUCGAACUUCCCCCGCUGGAAUGGACACUAAUUAAAAUAGUGCAAUCAGCCAUCUUCAGUGGCGUCAUAGUUUCCACGGUGAUUGGAAAUUUUAUCGCGUUGUGGGCAUUUUUUCGGUAUCCGAAGGACCUGAGGUCACCGACGCACUAUUUUUUGGCGAACUUGGCCCUCGCCGAUUUUUUAGUGGGGGUCCUUUCCCUCCCGUAUCUGGCGGUGUUUAGCGUCACACUUCGGUGGUACUUUGGACACUGGUGGUGCAUUGGGUGGACGGUGGGUCACUUUUGGUUCUGCUCGAGUUCUAUUCUAUCAACGUUGGCGGUUUGUGUGGAGAGAUUUAUUGGGGUUCGGUAUCCGCUGAAACAUUUGAGGAUGAUGAAUACGAGGACAAUUUUAUCCAUGAUAUGCGGGGUUUGGGUCCUCGCCGGUAUUUUGAGUGCACUUCCCCUCGCCAUCUGGCCCGAGACAAGGAGCGAGAAGCCGUUAGAUUGCAAAGUUAAUUUACGAACGGGACACGUGGUUGUGGCGUCGGUGGGGAUUUUUCAUCUUCCGGCGACCGCCAUGGUCAUUUUGUAUGGCGGCAUUUACCGGGCUGCUACCGCCCCGAUGAAACAAAUGAGAGAAAUCAGCACUCAAAAUGCGAAAGAACAGCGCUCUAAACAAGUCCGAUUAGCGAAAAAGUUAUCGUUUUUGGUCGGAUUUUUAAUAAUCUCGUACCUCCCGAUGUUUUCAGUCUUUCUGGCGUUAGGCUUCGACCCGACGUUUUGUUCGCUAGAAUUUUUUAUCCUGCUCGCGUGGCUCCGGUAUUUCAACAGCACGGUAAAUCCGGUAAUUUACGCGUUUUCUGUCCCGGGGUAUAAGAGGGCGUUUCGAGCAAUGUUCUGUUCCCGAAGUGGGAGUGACGACGGACAAAGUGGGCGGAAUGAGAUGAAUAAUUCUUCAUCAACGUACACUUCUAAUGCGAGCAUGAAAAGAAGCACGAGAGAAAAAACGAGGACGACGGACGCUUAAUUAUUUUAUGUACACUUUGAUUUGUUUGCUGUGCAAGAAAUAAAAUAAUUUCAAAUAAUUA